GGAGGCUACCUUUGGGCCCGGCCCCUUGCUGCAGUGAGCCACCGUCGCAGCUCUGGCCAUCUACAUGCUCUCUGUUUGCUGUAUUGCUGUACUUGUGUCGUUUCAAGGGCCUAGCAAGGAUACCUUUAUUUGCCAGGUACCUCCCACAGAGAAAGCUUAAUGAUCACUUUGUUGUGUUCUUAUACCCGCGUCACUUUUUCUCCCUACCAUCCACCUUUUGUGUCCUUGUCCUCAUCUCCCCUUGUCCUCCGGUCCAAACUCCAUAGGAUGCUGUCACAGGCACACAGUGACUCGGCAGCGGCUCCGUGUUGGUGAGCUUCACUUGAACCACUACUCGUUGUCACUGAAGGGAACUUUUCACAUUGUUGAAUACUGAUAGAAAUUGAGCAUCCAUUAAUGGAUCAUAAGGCAUGGCUUUGGAGAAAGAAAUCAUCAGAGAGGGAGCUGGAGAAGGAGAAGUUUGCACGAUUAGAGCAAUCUCUUCAAGACUUAAAUGAACAACUUUCAUUGGCCCAUGCUGAGUGCAUUGAGAAGGAUGCUAUCUUAGCCAAACAAGCAAAAGUAGCUGAAGAAGCCAUACUAGGUUGGGAGAAAGCUGAGGCUGAAGCAAUAGCUCUCAAGACACAACUUGAUGAUACACUAGAUGAAAAAAAUGCAAUUGAGCAAAGGAUUUGGCAGCUUGACGAGGCUCUACAUGUUGCCAUGGUAGAGAGGGACUCAUUAAUAAAGGACACAACUCAAAUUAUUUCUUGUGAAAAAGUCAAAGUUCAGAAGCUGGAAGCAAAUUUAGCGGAGAAAGUAAACAUAAUUGCUAGCUUAGAUGCCGAGAAUGACAAACUUUCUGAAAUUCUGUCAGUGAAAGAGGACAUCAUCUCAGAGCUAAUUGAGUCAAAGAGAGUAACAGAGUCAAACUUCAAGGACCUUGCAGUAAAGUUAGAGUCAGCUGAAAGAUCUAAUUCUUCACUUAGGUACGAGGUUUGCAUGCUGCAGAAGCAACUUGAGAUUCGAAGUGAAGAAAGGAAAUUUAGUCUCAAAUCUGCUGAUGCUGCACAUAAACAGCAUCUUGAGAACGUAAGGAAGAUAACUAAGCUCGAAUCAGAAUCCCAGAGAUUGCGUUCAAUGGUACGUAAAAGGCUACCGGGUCCUGCUGCCAUUGCCAAAAUGAGAAGUGAAGUUGAAACAUUGGGUAGCAAUACAGCAACCACAAGGACAAGAAGGUUUAAUUCUAUGACAUCAUUCAACUCAAGUGAUCCGGUACAGAACUCUCAGGAUGCAUCGCAUGGAAAUUCUCCGUUGCUCGCAAGGCUACAUGCAAUAGAAGAUGAAAAUAAAGCCAUAAAGGAAUCUCUUUCUAGAAAAGAUGGUGAACUUCAGUUUUCUCGGACUAUGCUUGCUCGCACAACUACUAAACUUUCCCAAGUUGAAGCCCAGUUUGAAGAGCUAUCAAGAGACCGGACUGCUGCAGAAUUGGUAAAAAGUAGUCCUGCAGUGGUUGAAAACCCUCUUUCAUCUAUCUCUGAGGAUGGUUGCAAUGAAGAUAAUGUCAGCUGUUCAGGCUCUUGGGCAUCAGCUUUAUUAUCUGAGCUGGAACACUUCAAGAAGGAGAAACUCACAGCACAUUCUAGUAAGAGCACAAGAGUAUCAGACAUGAGUUUCAUGGAUGACUUUGCAGAGUUAGAAAAGUUUUUAUGUAAUGAUAAACUUAAGGAACCAUAUGAUUCAAAGAGAGAGGCAGUAGAAUCAUCAGGAAAAGAGCUAGUUCCAGUUGAUGGCCCCACUGGAACAACUGACCAAAUUCGCCAGUGUAAGAUUGAGAAGGCUGUCCUAAAGUUAAUUGAACUUAUCGAGGGAGUCAUCCAGAGAUCAUCAAAGGAUUAUAGUAGCACGCUUGUGCUAUCUGGUGGCGACGAGGAUAAUGACCAUGAAACAUUAUCAGGCUAUGUUGCUCGUGCAUUCUUGUGGAAAACAUCAGAACUUACUUCUGUUCUGCAAAAUCUUGUCUUUGCAUGCAGUGAGCUUCUGUAUGGGAAUUCUGAUGUUGAAUGCUUUGUUCAUGAACUCCACCUCACAUUAGAAUGGAUAAUCAGCCAUUGCUUUUCACUACGAGAUGUAUCCGACAUGAAGGAAGCUAUCAUAAAGCAUUUGGAAUUAAACACAGAUGGACUUGAAGUUGUUGCAGUAACCAAGCACACAGGAAUCCAUACAGCGGAUGGCAUAGAUGAACCUAGGACGCCAGACAAUGUUCAGAUGUCGUUAGUAUCUGACUCAAGCUGUAUGGAUAUUGGAUCUAAAGCCGAUGUUGGUCCACAAAACACAAGUAAUGAAAUAGCAGUCUCUAAAUUUCAGGGGAUAGAAGAAAAUGCUUCAAAUUUGCGGGCAGAACUUAAUAAGUUGGAGUCAGGAAAAAUAAAGGCACAUGUUGUUGAUGGUGAGUCUACUAUGAAUGAAUGUGGUACACAUGAAUCCAUUUUCAUAUCUGGACUAAAUAAAGGCAAGCAAGAAGGGAUUACUUGUCUUGAAUCCAAGCUUCAUCUUGAAUGUUGCUCUGCUAAUGAAGGUUCAAAAGAUGCCGCUGAUAAUGAAGAGAAACAUCUGCAGAUGCUACCCCUUUUAUCACAGCAGCUGGAGAUAUCAACAGCAUCAGAGAAGCUCAUUGAGUGCCGGGAGACAAUCCUAAACCUGGGGAAACAACUGAAAGCGCUUGCAUCUCCAAAGGACGCAGUCCUUUUUGACAAGGUGCUUCAUACUGCAGCUCGGCCUGAGCGGAAACCUCGAUCUCAGUCACUAAGCGAGAUGCUAUCCAUGGAUGAUGGAGGAUUUUAUUACCCAAGCUCCCCAAAAACUAAGGAGAUAAUUUGUACUGAGCUGAGGGCGCCGGGUGAAAGAAAUCAUUCUGCCGACGAGGGAUAUUAUGGUUCAGCAGCAUGUAGUUCUCACUCAAUUCCAGUGGUGUCGCCCGUAAAGCCUCGUGGUGUGAAUGGAACCUGCAGAAGUGAAGCUGAUGUCAAGCUAUUAGCACUUGCUGUUGCCCCGAGUAAGCAGAAGGGGAACAACAGCUUGCUCAAGAGGAUUCUGACAGGAAGGAGAAAGGAGGCCAUCGCCAAACCAAAGGUUGUGCUAAGUUCUUAAGCUGACAGAGAAUGGGAACUCUGGACAUGGCAAGUCCUCCUUUCACGUGUAAAUUCAGUGUCGUGCAUUUGUGUGUGGAGCAGCGUUCAUGUCAGAUUAGUAAUAAAAAUGCAAUGUACUGUGUAUAUGUUGUAUGUGUGCGGUACGUAACGUGGUGCUCGUCGUGAUCCUGUUUUCUUAAAGACUAUCUACUUCUGUUUC